AUGGCUGAGGCUAUACCGCGGUUGCCUGCUGAAUUUUCUGCAGCAGAUGAUUUAUCGCUGCCUACACCUUCCUCUCCACUGAUGUCCCCUCUAAAUCCACUACAUAUCCGAGAGAGAAGCAACAGUGAGUCCGACAUUGCUACACUUAGUCCACAAAAUUUAUCAUGUUUAGAAGUGGACAGGAGCUUUGUGGACCUGUCAAAUGACAGCACCAUCACAAUUCAAUGGGACAUUAAGGAGGAUGUAGGCUCUGAUGACCUCAUUGGUCUUUAUCCUUCAGGUGAGACUGAUUCUUCAAAGUUUUUGGACAGCAAGAAUCGGGGUGUGAACGGUGGACAAACAGGUCAGAUUCUGUGGGAUCUGACUGAAGUCAUCCAUCACUUUACAGACAUGGAAUCUCGGAUCACAUUUAAGUAUUUUUUGGGAACAACUGGAGAAUUGGUUGCUACAAGUCAAUCUGUGUGUGUGAGGAACCCAAUGGUGACUUCACAAACGGAGGAGGACGGCACAGUGAGUAUAGUGGAAAGUAAGGAAGAAUCUGCGGCAAAACUCAACAAACUUAAGCUGACUAUUGCAGAUGUGGAAGCAACGAAUUUAAAGAAAGGAAUGUUUUUCAACCCUGACCCUUACAUUAAGAUGACAAUCCACCCGGGAAAGUUAUGUCCGUCCACAUCCCACCAUCAUCACGAAUUACGGACAAGUAUCUGUCCCAAUACCACCAACCCUCACUGGCCCCAUGCGACCUUUGCAUUUGAAUCAUACCCUACGGAUAUAAUGGAAUUCGAAAUCAAAGACAAAUUUGCCAAAAGUCGUCCAACAAUCAGUCGUUUCUUGGGCCGGGCUGCGUUGACUGUACAAAAAGUGAUGGACAAGUCUAGUAAAAGCCCUGUAUCUUUCUGCUUGGACCUGACAAAACGAAAUCCGUCUGAUAGUGUAAGUGGCAUGCUCAAAUUUACUGCUGGUAUAGACAACUGGAAGGAAGGUGACACGGCCAAACGCAAGACAGCUAUACUUAAACAUGCACAGUCUGAAGAUGAAGGUCACACAAAAAGAGAAAGGAAGCCAAAUUUCCGAAAGUCAUCUUUACCAGAAAAUAUUACUUUACAGAAGGUUGCAAAUCGCUGCCCAGUACAUUCUGAUCUUGAAAUGGCAAUGACAGCUGAGGAUAGCAACUCGGAAGACCAGGAGGAUUCUGGGAUAUCAAUGUACAAUAUUGCCAACUCUCAGAACCGUAUACCUGGUGAUGUAGAUAUAGACUUGGUGGAAAAUAAGGAGGAAAUUCUCAGUUGUAGUCCUCCAAAUCUCGCAUCAGUUCCAAGUAUAAUAUGUGAUUUUCAUAACCACCUUGAUGUACCCAACUCACGGACUGAUGAAACUGUGACACCAUCUAGUAGUGAUAAUUCUGGGGGCUCUGAGAUCACACCUGAGCCAAAUCACAGACAUGUUGUCCCUUCACUGGAUGCAUGGGUGGCUACAACUUUGUCAAGUGAUGAUCACAGUCUGACAGCCCCUAGCAUUGCCUCAGACUUGUCCGAUGGCUGGAUGGCAGCCACAUCCAGCGACCCUGUGGGGGAUAGUAAUGGAGAGGUAGACACCACAGGAUUGGAAUCUGCUGCGGUGUUAGAGGCAGAGACUUCUCUUGCUUGUAAAACAAAAGCAAGGAAGCCCCUACCUUUGUUACCCAAUGACGUUACUAGUGAUCAAGAUUCCAGGGAAAGCACCUCAUUUAGUCAAAUACUACCUGGGGAGGAAACCUCUAGUGGUCCUUCUUCUCCUAAGGAAGGAAAGUCAUGUGAUCUUUCUUCUCCAAGAGAGGAGACAUCUUUAAGUCUCUCUUCUGGAAAUGUAAUAGCUGCAGAUCUUUCCUUGCCAGUAGUAUGUAGUGGUGUAAGUAAUAUGAAUGUGAUAGUUUCAGAUGUGACUCCUAUAGAUGUGAUAGGUUCUAAUACGACUUGUAAUGAUGUGAUAUCUAGCAUUGUGAUGUCUCCUGUAGAGGAGGUGAACGUCCCAGUGUGUGUUAUAGGUGAUGUGACUUCUCCGGGGCAUUUGAUAGAUGAAGAUAUUGGUGAUGAAGUAGAGAACAUGGCAGGUAGUAUCAUUACAAAUGGAGAAACAGUAACACCACAUGUGGCACCACCUAGCUUGCCCCCAAGAACAUACAAAGCUCCACCACUGCCUCCGAGACAAAGGAGUGAUGAUGCUCCACCUCUACCACCUCGUACACCAGAGAGGAAUGACAAACCUUCCUUCACCCCUGGGGCACUCAUGAGCCCUGGAGCUACUGCAUUAGUACCAGAUCCGGGAUCAUUAGAACCACCACCACCUCCCCUCCCCCCGCGUAGAUAUAGCCCCAUCCCCCAUCUCUCUGUAGGUGGAGGCGCUGUGGGUGCAGUGAUAGAGCGAGAAGACAGUGCCAGUGACAGAAAUAGCUUUGAUAGCAUGGAAACAUUUCAAGGCUCACAGGAGAACUUAUUGUCUGAAACUCCUAAUGUGAUAGGUGCGGAGGGUGUGACUCCUCGCCCACGUGCCAUGCGUACAGACAAUGAUGCCUCAGGGCUUGAGGAGGAGGGUGGUAAGAAACGUCGCAGAAGGAAAAAGAAUUCAGGGGAUAGUAGUAGCAAUAAUAGUUUGAGUGAAUCACCUCAGCAUAGUAAGAAUGGUGGCAAAAGACACAAUAUGACUGAAUCACCCCAUUCCCACACUAGUAAAAGUGGGAGCAAUAGACACAGUCUCAGUGAUCCGACUCUGCCCCCAAGUGGUAAGGUAGGAGGCAGUAGACAAAGUAGUAGUGGAGCAGGGGGGAAUGGCACAGUGUUCGCUCAACUUGCAAUGCUCCCCUCCAUUGAGUCAGUUGUGUCAAAGGAUUCGCGUCGAUCCUCAACCAGCCCAAGUUCACGUUCAGUGGAGGUAAGUCCACGUGCUAGUCCAUUAUCUAUGCAAACUUCAUAUUCUGACUCGGUAUCAGACAGGUCACGUUACACCAACAGACGCAGCCUCCCUCACAACGACACAACCUUUAAACAGGCUGACCUCCUCCAUACUACUCCCCAGCGUCCUCAGCUAGAAAGACAUUCAGGAAUUACAUCUGCAACUCCCAACAGCGCCUCACCCCCUAGGGUUGUGCCCAGGGGCAGGAUUCUCAGUGAAGAGGAGAAACAACAAAAUAGGGAACAAAUUGUUCAACAAUUACAAAAAUGGACUCAGAAAUUAAAGGACAAAGGUAGAAGUGAUGUGGAUGACACUGUUUCAGUCACCAGUAGUGAGGGAACAGUCAGUGGUUGUGAUAAUUUAAGUUUUCAGAAUGAUGCUAUGGGUUCUUUAGCUCCACAAGUUCCCACUAGUGCUCAGCCUCCUUCUCAGUCAGCAGCCCAUCCUGUAGCCAACAGCAGGGCCCCAGUGGUGUCAAACGCUACUGAGGCUUUGAGUUCCACAGCUGAGGGUGGUAACAGUACUGACAAGGCUGAGGGAAGUAAACGUAGUAAUAGUAAAACCAGUGAUUCUUCGCCUUCCAAUGCAGUGGUAUGGCAACUACGACAGCCUCAGCAAAAUACAUCCAGCUCAAGUCAGAACCAGCGUCAAAGUAAAGAAGGUAGUCAGUCCCCAUUGCCAAAACUCCCUGCUAGAAAAAAAUAUGUUCGUGUGGAGCCUACUCCAGGGGAUGAACCCCUGCCCCCAGGGUGGGAGGCGAGAGUGGACAGUCAUGGACGUAUAUUCUACAUUGACCACAUCAACCGUACCACAACAUGGCAGAAACCUCAGAAUGGUCAGCGAGCUGUUCAGAGGCGACCAACAAUCAGCUCUGAACAGAGACAACAGCUGGACAGAAGGUAUCAAAGCAUCAGAAGAACUAUUACUCAGAGCCAGCAGGACACAGAAAACACCUCAGCAGAGAGCACUUCAUCAGGAGGGAGUGACAACAGUCCUCAAACAUCGGCCCAGUCUCGUAGUCCUGUUCCUCCACCGCCUACUCUUCCACCUACAGAAAUCCAGGACAACAGGUUACCCGCCAUCAAAUUUCUCACCCGGUCAGACUUCUUUCCAAUUCUUCAGAGCAAUGAUAGAGCUAUGGUGGAGUAUAACCGUAAUGGAACAUUAAAACAUAUGAUAAGUAAAAUCCGAAGAGAUGCCAAAAAUUUUGAUCGAUACCAACAUAAUCGGGACCUCGUAUCUUUUAUGAAUUUAUUUGUUGAUACAAAUAAAGAACUUCCAUCUAAUUGGGAGAUGAAGUUUGACCGCAGUGGAAAGCAUUUCUUUAUUGACCACCACCGCAGACUGACAACAUUUAUAGAUCCACGAUUACCCACAGAUGUCCCCCCAAUUAAUCCUGACUUCCUCCAUACCUCACUCUUCCGUAACAGGUCACGACCCACUGUCGAUGACCCAAGUCGACUUCAGCAUGCUCCACCACCCCCACCACGACACGUAGCUGUGACUGAUGUAGAGGAUGUACCCUCAACUUACAAUGACAAGGUGGUGGCAUUCCUUAGACAGCCAAACUUGCCAGACAUCCUAAAGGAAACGUAUCAGGGUUAUAGCAGUCAUCGUCUGCGCGACAAAAUCAACAGGAUACGCACUGAAGGAACAGAGGCCCUGGAAAAAAUGUGCAAUGAUAUGGAUCUCAUCUUACUGUUGAGUGUAUUUGAGAAUGAUAUAAUGUCAUACGUACCUCCCCACCUGGUCCUUACUAGGACUGAAUCACCAGGGGAUACGCCACAGGGCUCACCUAUUCAGAGAGCCAAUGUACGAGUUCCUGCACCAUACAAACGGGAUUUCCAAGCCAAACUUAGAAGUUUUUAUAGAAAGUUGGAGUCUAAAGGAUAUGGCCAGGGACCUUCCAAGUUAAAGUUGAUGGUAAGGAGAGACCAUGUAUUAGAGGACUCAUUUAACAAGAUCAUGUCUACUCCCAAGAAAGAACUGAUGAAGAGCAAAUUAUACAUCACAUUUGUUGGCGAGGAAGGGUUGGACUAUGGUGGCCCUUCUCGAGAGUUUUUCUUCCUACUGUCACGAGAACUCUUCAAUCCGUACUAUGGUCUAUUUGAGUAUUCCGCUAAUGACACAUACACAGUACAGAUAAGUCCUAUGUCUACUGUGGUGGAGAAUAAUCUUGAAUGUAAGAAACAAGUGCCAUUCUACAAAGCAUUACUGCGAGUUCCAUGGUCACUUGGAGAUGUGGAGGCGCUGGACGCUGAAUUCCAUCAAAGCUUGUUGUGGGUCAAGGAAAACGAUAUUACAGAAUUAGAUAUGGACCUUACUUUUUCUGUUAAUGAGGAAGUUUUCGGACAGGUUACUGAGAGGGAGCUGAAACUGAACGGGAAGACAUUGGCUGUGACAGAAAAGAAUAAAAAAGAGUAUAUUGAGAGGAUGGUGAAGUGGCGACUGGAAAGAGGAGUGACAGAACAGACUGAGGGACUCAUCCGUGGAUUCCAUGAGGUCCUUGAUGGUCGUCUUGUGUCCAUGUUUGAUGCACGAGAACUGGAAUUGGUGAUAGCAGGAACCGUAGAAAUUGAUAUACAUGAUUGGCGAAGGAACACAGAGUACAGAUCUGGCUAUCAUGAUCAACACCCUGUAGUACAGUGGUUCUGGACAGCUAUUGAAAAGUUUGACAAUGAAAGAAGACUUCGACUCCUGCAGUUUGUGACUGGUACAUCUAGCAUACCUUAUGAAGGCUUCUCGGCUCUGAGAGGAAGUAAUGGACCAAGAAAGUUCUGUAUAGAGAAAUGGAGUCGUAUCACUAGUUUACCAAGGGCCCAUACUUGUUUUAACAGACUUGACUUGCCUUCUUACACCUCUUUUGACAUGCUGUUUGAGAAAUUGGUAACAGCAGUGGAAGAAACAAGCACAUUUGGAAUAGAAUGAUUUGCUCACCAUGUUUGCCCAAAAACAUAUCGAAGAAGCACUUGGAGAACAUAGAUUGUGUUUCAUCUCUGAUAAGCAAUCUGCCAUUUGGUCCCUUCAGAAUUUGGGUUGAAAUGAGUUGCUGAAGAGAGAGGAAAGUUUCAGAGAUCAGGAUUGAUUAUUAGGUACCCAACAUCAAAAGAAGUCUGCAGGAGCAUGGCUGUCAAUGAAACCAUACUGGUCUUAUUGUUUAUAAACAAUGGUACUAGUAUCCUGUGCAAUUUAUGAAUGGCAUAAUUAUUGUUAUAAGAAGCUGUUCCCAGUUUA